UCAGUAUUACAGUCAACACACCAUAGGCCAACUUGGAAGAGAAUCAGGUUCCCUGCUUCCUUCCACCAGACUCAUCGAGAAGAAGAGGAGGAACUGGUAUCUUUUGCUUCUAUUUUGGGGCAAUUCUCAUCUCUCUCUCUCUCUCUCUCUCUCUGGUUAUCACGCAACCAUGAUCUUCGUUGAUGGGGUUCCAUUUUCUACCAUUUCCUCUCAGGAAAGUGAUACCUUGGCAGCUUUGAUGGAACAUCCUGUGCUGGUUUCUGCCUCACAUGCAUUGAAGGCAAAGCAGGAGAGGAAGUUCUCUGUCUCUGAGGAGUCAGGCUCACAAAGAUCAACACAGAGUCGAUAUGUUUACAUCUUCCAAAGAGAAUACGCAACUGUCGACCCUGCACUUGUGGAUUUUGUUGGCACUGAUGAAGCAACUACUUGUGUGGGCCUUGUUAUUCGCAACCAGAAAAAUGGAAUGGUAUCUGUUGCCCAUAUGGAUUCUCCAAAAAUUGUUGAUAUGGGCUUUGACCAGAUGUUGUCACUUCUUGUUGAUCAAAAUGUUGACAUUGACUUGGAUGUGCACAUGAUUGGUGGUUUUGAAGAUGUUACCCUCAAACAUGCUAAUGGCACCACUUGGUCUGAAAGCCAUGCGAAAUCAGAUGGUUAUUCUUUUCCAUUAUGCAAAAAAAUGAUUGAAACUAUGGAGAAGAGACGAGAAAAGUUUCACAUUCAAACUCUCUUUGUCCUUGGGCAUAACACCAAGAGAGAUUCUCAAGGGAAUGCAUACCCAAUCUUCAAUGGCUUCUUGGUUGAAACAUCCACUGGAUCUCUCACUCCAGCCAGUUUUGAGAGAGCUACAAGAUGUCCAGAUGAAAUUGUCAGAAGAAUUCGAGUGAGUGCAGCAUAUGAAGAUCCGACUUGGAAUGGCAAGUUGCUGGAGACAUAUGAUACUCUAGCUGAUCGAUUUGUGAUUGCUUCAUGUUGUUGGACCUCAAAUCAACGAUACAUUGCUUUGAGACUGGAACAACUUUCUGAUGCAGAUAUCCUACUUAACUGUUCCACUUCACCAUCUGCAGAGGGUCCAGAUUUUGUGGAUAAUGAAAGAAGGCAAUGGGAGUACAUAAUUAAACAUCCAGACUGGCAAUAUACUUUUCCUCUGAGGCAGCCACGCAUUUUUAAGAGGACUGCUGAUGGAGGCUGGAAGAGUUGCUUACCAACAUCAGAGGAUUCCUCACAAGAACCUCAGGCUGAAACUUCAUUGCAGAUGACCUAAAUUUCAUGGAAGAAUAUGCUUCUUCUCUCCACCAAGUGAGUGUUGAUGAUCAUGGUAAAUGUAAAAUCUUCAUUUAUUUGAAACUAUACUUUAUUAGGCCAUGGCAACUCAUUUGCAAUUCUUGUGAUAACCAUAUCUCCAUAACUGGAUUAUUGAUUGCAAAACAAUUAUGCAAUUGAUAGAGACUAGGUUCAUGUGAGAAUUUCUCGCAUUUGCGUAUGUGAACAUGUUUUGUCCUUAAUUUGAGAGGGAAGUUGGAUGUGAGGGAUCAACCAUUGCCACGUUGCCUUCAAAAGUUAUCCCACAAGUCAAUAGAGGCUUUCCUUAACUUCAGCCAAAUGUGGUAGCUGACAAAUUUAACACUGAAAGCUCAGUACCAACUAAACCCAACUAUGUACCUACUCCAAAUUUAGCCGCCCAUCUUUAACUCUGGUGUAGGGUUUCCAUUCUAGCAAGUACCAUUUCCAUCAAAUUCCCCAAUGACCAGAGGCCGCUCUUUAAAUCAAAACUUCCCUUCUCAAUCUUAGGCUUCCUUCACCGAUCUGGAUUCAUAACCGGAGAAAAGAAAACAGGUCGGUUUUUCAAGCUCUCAAAUUGUCCCUACGGCUCCUGUAACCAUUUGACCUUCGGAGUCAGGGCUGCAGUUGCUUGUUUUGGCUCUUCACUCACCACUCCGGUGCCUGUUGGCUGUACCUACCUUCCUCCACUGUAGAACUGAACUGGCUGACUUCCCUAUUAGGUCCAAACAAUAAUAUUUCUCCAACCCUUAAGACUCAGCUUCAAGACUCCAGGAGAGGAUCAAGAAAGUUAUAUUACCAGUUCUAAGGUGGUGCAGACGAUGUUUUCAGGCUUGGACGUGAAUGCAAGAAAGGCAGCGCUGGUGAGGAAGCUGGCGGUGGUAAGGUUCUUGUGUACCAUGAUUUUUCAAAGACAGAUGAGAUGGCUGAGAUUACUUCUUGGAUAUGGCUGUGUUGAAAUAUAGACUUCAUUGCUAUACCUCUUACAUAAACUCUAUCCAUUUAUUUAAUUAUUUAUUUUUAUAUUUUAACGUAAGGGAGGGGAGAUGUUAGGGUUUGUAGUUUUAGAUAAUAUAUUUUUUAAAUAUAUAUUUUAUAAUUAUUCGAGAUGAAAUAGUUAAUUGUUAGUUAUUAUUGUUAUACAAAAAUACAAAUUACAAUGGCAAGUGCUGAAUUACAGAAUAAAGAAAGUUGAGAUUUUUAGUUAUUA